AUGUUUAGUGCAUUCAACAGUGCCCGUAACGUUAUUACGUUAUUCCACUCUCCGACUUCAUCCGCCUCGCGUCGAAUUCUGCAGCUUCUGAAGAGCAAGCAAACAGAAGGCAAACGUCUGUUCGAUUUGGACGUGACUGAAGGUGUGCCCACAAAAGAUCAACUGAAGACGAUUUUGAAAUACGCCGGCCAAAGCAAAGUCUCCGCCAUUGUUCCUGGCGCGACAUCCUACACCGAGGCAUCGGCAAUCCUGGAAGGGGGAUCAAAAAAUCUACUGCGACCGAUGGUUAUCGACUGGGUCAAUGGAAAGGCUGUUCUCGGUGACGACGAAGCUGGUGUAAAGACUAUGAUCUCGAGUAUUGAGCAGUAA